AUGUCCAUGGGUCAAAGUCAUCAAAUUCUGGACCUAAAUGAAAACCCGCUACCGGGCGAUGAAGAGCAAUCCACCGUAGACACCACCCGCCCUUUCCGCUCCGUCAAAGAAGCGAUAGCCAUAUUCGGAGACCGCUUACAAGUCUCAGAAACCUACUCACCCUCACCAAAACACCCUUUCACCCUACCAAAACAAGAAUCCCCAAUAUGGAAACAUACACCAAGUUCUACCCAAAUUAUCUUGUCGAAAUCACCCAAUCAAAGCGAUCAACAUCAAGCACCUUCUCCUGUGGUCAUGAACACCCUCAAAAAGCUCGAGUUCGAGCUCAAGGAAACCAAGAGAGAGCUGAACGUACUGAAAGAAAGAGAGGCCGAGACGGAGGUGGCUUUGGCCUCUUUGAACGCUGAGCUCCACAAGAACAUGUCGAAGAUAGCGAAAGCCGAGGCGGAGGUGGCGGGGAAAGCACGGUCAUCAAUGACUAUGCGUCAAGUGCUAAAUGGUUUUGGUGAAGAGAGAGAGAGAAGGUACUUGUAUGAGAAGAAAGCGUUGAAGAAGAAGAAGCCUGUGAUUCCGUUGGUAACAGAUUUGUUUGCAUGGAAGAAUGGUAUUCGCUACUGA